CCUCGCUGCCGUACGUCAUGACGCCGGGGCGUGGCCUGUCACUUUUCUUUGGCAGCCCCACGCUCGCCUUUGACAGUGAGCCUUGCUAGCUGUGGUGCACUGUAACUCCCGAGCCAUUCAAAGUGAGCAGCCAUUCAAAGUGAGCAGCCAUUCAAAGUGAGCAGCCAGCCGGCGGCCUGAUAUCACACGAGCUCUCACCUUUAGGGACACUUAGCUUUCAGCAAGGCGCUCGCGCUAACCUUUAAGACUUUAUUUUUUUUAAGAGACACGCGACAAAGAUGUCUAAAGACACGGAAGGCAAGAGCGAGAAAAUCAUGGAUAUGGAGAGCAAGGUGUUGUGGUACCCGGACUCUAAGAGGAACACACAGAUGGACAAGUUUAGGAUACAGGUCAACGGAGACUACGGACUUAAUCUGGCCAAUUACAAUGACCUGUACCAGUGGUCGGUGGACAGCUACUCAGAGUUCUGGGGAGAGGUGUGGCGCUUCUGUGGAGUAGUCAGCUCCAAACCAUAUGAAGAGGUUGUGGAUGUAUCAAAACGGAUCUCAGAUGUCCCAGAGUGGUUUAAAGGAGCUCGCCUGAACUAUGCUGAGAACUUGCUCAAACAUGCAGACCAGGAAAAAGUAGCCCUCUAUGCUGCAACUGAGGCAAAUGAGGAGAUCGUAAAGGUGACGUACGGGGAGCUGAGGAGCCAUGUGGCGUUGUUUGCUGCCGCCAUGAGGAAGAUGGGCAUCCAGACUGGGGACAGGGUUGCAGGCUACCUACCCAAUGGCAUCCAUGCAGUGGAGGCCAUGUUGGCAGCAGCCAGCAUUGGAGCCAUUUGGAGCUCCACGUCUGUCGACUUUGGAGUCAACGGUGUUCUUGACAGGUUUUCUCAAAUUCAGCCCAAGCUGAUCUUCUCUGUUGCCGCUGUUGUUUACAACGGCAAAACACAUGACCACAUGGAAAAGCUCAUCAGUGUUGUCAAAGGUCUGCCUGACCUGCAGAAAGUAGUGGUGAUUCCCUACGCUCGCUCCAAGCACGAGACUGACCUCUCCAAGAUCCCCAACAGUGUAUUUAUAGAUGAUUUCUUGGCUUCUGGACGUGGUGAGGCCGACCAGUUUCCACAGCUGGAAUUUGAGCAGCUUCCGUUUAAUCAUCCCCUGUUCAUCAUGUACUCUUCUGGUACCACGGGUGCUCCUAAAUGUAUGGUUCACUCUGCUGGGGGAACACUCAUCCAACACUUGAAAGAACAUAUACUUCAUGGCAAUAUGACCAGCAGUGAUGUCAUCAUUUACUACACAACGACUGGCUGGAUGAUGUGGAACUGGCUGGUGUCUUCUCUGUCAGUGGGAGCCUCAGUGGUUUUAUAUGAUGGUUCACCGCUAAUGCCCACGGCCAAUGUACUGUGGAACCUGACAGACCAGCUGGGCAUCACCAUCUUUGGUACCGGAGCCAAGUGGCUGUCUGUGCUGCAGGAAAGGAACCUGAAACCCGGAGAAACUCACAACCUCCAGUCUCUCCACACCAUCCUGUCUACUGGCUCUCCCCUCAAGCCUAUGAGCUACGACUACGUCUACCGCUGCAUCAAGAGCAACGUGCUGCUGGGCUCCAUCUCAGGUGGCACUGACAUAGUGUCGUGUUUCAUGGGUCAGAACCCAACAGUUCCAGUGUAUCGGGGCGAGAUCCAAACAAGAAACCUCGGCAUGGCUGUGGAGGCCUGGAGCCCUGACGGUAAGCCUGUUUGGGGAGAGAGUGGGGAGCUUGUCUGCUUGAAGCCAAUCCCCUGCCAGCCUACACACUUCUGGAACGACGAGAACGGGAGCAAAUAUCACAAAGCAUACUUUUCCUCAUAUCCUGGGGUGUGGGCCCAUGGUGACUACUGUAAAAUCAACCCAAAGACGGGAGGCCUCGUCAUGCUGGGCAGAAGUGACGGGACACUGAACCCCAAUGGAGUCAGAUUUGGCAGCUCAGAGAUCUACAACAUUGUGGAGGCGUUCGAAGAAGUGUCAGACAGUCUUUGCGUUCCUCAGUACAACUCCGACGGAGAAGAAAGAGUUAUUUUAUUCUUAAAGAUGGCACCUGGUAAACCCUUUUGCCCGGACUUGGUGGCGAAGAUUAGAGGAGCCAUUAGAAAAGCCCUGUCUGCCCGACACGUCCCUGCUCUGCUACUGGAGACCAGAGACAUUCCUUACACAAUCAGCGGUAAGAAGGUGGAAGUGGCUGUGAAACAGGUCAUUGCUGGCCGGGAGGUGAUGCAAAGAGGAGCUUUCUCCAACCCUGAUUCACUAGACCUCUACAAGAACAUUCCUGAACUCCAAAACUAUUAGACGAGGCUUCAUGGAGCUAGAGAGAUGAUCUCCAAAAGUGAACCAAGAAUUCAGCCUAGUUUAAAUUAACUUAAUUCAAAUUUGCAGAUACAGGGGGACAUGCAAAGUGCAUUGCACGGGUAGUUUACAAAGCCACCUUGAGCUGUUCAGGGCAUACAAGAGGAAAAAGUACAUACAUCAAAAAAAUACGAAAAGGGUACAAAUAAUCUGUGUACGUAUAUAAAGUCCACUGUAUCUGAUGAAAGACUUUAAAAACAUUAGGUGUACUUCUCCAUACCUUGUUAAGUGAUCAAGCAGCUGCUCUUAGUGUACCAUCUUGAGUAUCUCUUUGGAUGUAACAUGAUGUGCACAGCAGCGCUUGUGAAUACCACCAACAACAGAGAAGUGAAAUUCAGCAUUAAGCACUUUGGCUUCACUGUCUGAUUGCUAUCAGCCAGUUGAAGAAUCAUAUCUCUCUGUGUCACCUGCUUUAACCCCCCGUCGUUGGUUCUGAGUGAGUCCCAGACUGGAAAAAUCAUGGAAGUGUGCAGAUAAACACACACACACACACACACACACACACACCUGGGAUUAACACCUCAGCUCAUAUCACCAUAUCAUUAUGUGGUGUGUAUUGCUUUAUUAAAUGUGUGUAUAUAUAUAUAUGAAUAUAUAUUUUUUGGACUGUGAAAUUAUGUAAACAUUAUAAUUAUGCAUUUAAAGAUAGUGACUCGAACCUGUUAACCAAAGUGAGUCUGAGAUUUAGACGGUUAUUAGAUGUCAGGAGUUAUAGUUUGAAUAAAUGCACCAGAAACGCUCAAAUCCUAACUUUCAUUUGACUUUGUAUCCCUUAGUUCUAUUUCAUUCCACCUAAGACAUCAAGGCAUUAACUGAUGAAGCUUAAGUGUGAUCUAAAAGCGAGAAAAUGUUAAUUUCACCACAAAAGCCUGUAUUUUAUAGUCAACAAUUAAUGCAUCAUGUUUGUCAUAACUCUAAGAAAAUGUGUUCUCUUCAAAUACAGUAGAGCCUGUUUUAAAUUUGUCGUGGGAAAGCAGAAUGAUUCAUUCAAAAUGUCAAAAUUCUGUGUGGCAAAGCCAAAAAGGCUGGGUAAAUCUAUUAAAGAUGAACAGCAGUGGUUUUGGUGAUAAAUAGCACUACUGAGCGAAUUGUUGAGAAAUCGCAGAUAAAAUAAAUGAAAAAUUAAGAUAAAUGAAGUGUUUCAUACUGACACGGAGGUAGCACUUUUCUUAUUACCUUUUGUGGUUUUUAAGGAUUCUUCUUUGGUUUUUGAUUCUGUCUUUUUAAGUUGUUUCAGGAUUAUUUUAAACAUGUUUAACAUUAUGGGCAUAAAUAAAUAAACUAAAAACUGUGCAGUUCAUCUUUAAUGUUACUGCUUAGAUUGAAAACAUUUCCUUUUUAUAAAGCUACUCUGUGGAGUUUUUGAUCACUAGGAGUGCUAAGGAGCAAUGUAUUGAUGCGUUGGUCUCCAUUUUGUUUGUAUCUGGUGUGCAUGCACGAGAAUGUGGGUGAUGGGAUACAUAUUCCUGCCAAUGACGUCAUGCUCUUCCACUGACUGAUAGGUGGCAGCGGAAUGUGCCAAGAAAAGUAGCAAUGUACUAGCAAAAUGCAGGGAAGAGGACUGCAAGCUAGAAACAUGAACAAAAUAUUUAUUUUCAAAUAUUUUGAGAUUUUUUAGGCCUCAAGGGCACACAAUACUAUUUAACAUUUGUUUUAGAAGAAAACUCCACAGGGUAUCUUUUUCUCCAAGAUGUGCAGGUUCUCUCUAAUGGAGACAGGGAUCAUAAUUAGAUAACUGUAUACUUUGCACUUUAGUACUGUAUAUACAAAUUUGUUCAUGGUGAACUCUGGUGAAACAUGGCUUAUAUACUGUUCCGUUGUGUCGCAUGCAUGCAGGUUAUGCAGUUUUCUUUCUGCACCAAAUGUUUCUUAUAAUAGACCAAGAGUAACAAUGCAAUGUCACAAUGCAAGCUGAUUGUAUUUGGUUCUUCCAUGUCAACCUUUAGUGAAUUUACAAUGUAAGUUUUACUUAUUUCGGUGUUGCAAGAAAUUUUACUGAAUCAGA